GGCUGUUCAGAUGCCGAAUCUUCACGUGCAACCUCAGAUAUUGGUUGACUUCGUAUUCAGAACGCCUUUUGUAAAAUUUGAUUCACCAACCCCAAGGCAGCUUACACCACUGACCUGCAGUAUUAGCAUCUGUACUUCGUAUUUUAAGCGCUAAAAUACAGGGCAGCCUUCGACUCAAGCUACCAUGGCCAAGAAACAGAAAGACGACGUGCCAAACCCAAAUAAUGUCACUAAUAGAGAGAUUCUACAGCGGAUGAAUUUUUUGUAUCAGGCCGGUGCUCUGUUGAACCAUAUCGAAGCGGGUUCCUCCAAGUUACCCACCGAAUCGCCUGAACCGCCGGCUGCAAGCAAUCAUCCUACCGCGAAGCUCUCAAGAAAAGCAAAGAAACAGGAUCGUUCUCGGAAACGGCACCCAAAUUCGUGUGAAGAUUUGUCUAGGAACUAUAUCCAAUCAAUGAAGGCAAUUGGUCUCAAAACCACCGUUAGACUUGAUCCCACUGUUAAACGGACCUUAUGCAAGAAGUGCAACAUUGUCCUAAUCCCAGGAUCAACUGCGAGUAUCCGUGUCAACACUUCCCAAGCACACGGAAAUGCUGUCGUGUACACUUGCCUGUCAUGCAAGAACUGGCGACGUAUUCCUGCCCCUCCCGUUCUGUCGCCACAGGAUGCAGAAGCGCUCGUUGCUUCAUCUGCGCCCACCCAAGCGGCUGGCGAGGAUGCUAUGGCCAUCGACAGUGGGUCUAAAGCUACGGUCACCCCGGAGUCCAUUGUCAAUGUACCUAGGAAGAAACGUCGACGAUCCCGGUUGGCACCAUUAUUUGAACGCAAAGUUGGGCAUGUCAUCUUCCGGGGAAAUGAACGUCUUUUCGAGUAGUCUCUUCGCUUCGGGCAACUUCAUAUUGGUAUUAC